GAAGGCUAUAACCAUUCAUGAAUUGCAACAUACCACAUAGUGAGAAGUGACAACUGAGAAGUAUCUGUGCAUCUUCUUAGAUGACAGAUGAAGCCCACGUGCUUAGCCCACAAAUUUAAAAUUGCCAGUCAACAUGGAAAAAGACGAAGAAUUAGAAAUAAGCGUUAAAAACUGGGAAAAGGUCACGGAACCGAUCAAACAAGACGGUUUCAGAGAAGGAUUUGAGUCGGGUAGAUUGAAUUCGUUCCAGAGCGGAUUCGAUAUUGGGUAUAGCGCAGGGUUCAAAGCCGGGUUCACACUCGCUUAUUACAAUGCCGCACUCAGGGUUGUAGACGAAGUGCGAGGUAAGAUGGAGAGCGCCUCUCUUGGACUGGAAGGCCGAGUUUUCGAAAAGGCCGAACGUGGUGCCUGCGCUCUCUGCCCCAAAGUGAACCGUCGCCUGACCAAAGCCGACAUGGCAAACGCCGUCCCCUUAGAGGAUUCGACCAUAGACGAUUUAGUAGAAAAGCAAAAGCUGGAAACUCGCAAUGUGAUGACCGAAAAAGAAAAAGAAAUAAAGUGGCUAGACUCAUUCUUGCCAAGCUCGUGAUAUAUAUAUUUUUAUUUUAAACGAAAUAAAAUAAAUUGUUUAACUUACCCGUA